AAACAAACCGUUGAUUAAACAAACAAAUACAAAUACAUUUAGUAAAUAAUACAUUGGUCUCAUUUUAUCACUACUGAAAAAACGUGAGAGGCCUAAUUAAAAAAAAAACAUUGAAGUCAAUAUUAGUCACACCGCGUAACACAUCGUUUGCACAAGUGAUUUAAAUCCGCUAGCAUACUUGUGUUCUUCACUAAUCAUAAUAUUUUACCGCUGUGGAGCGAAACGUGAGUAAAGUAACUGAAUUUAUGAAUAAUAUGCCACCUAAUUAUCGUUAUUUGUUGAAAAAUAUGCGAAUAGAUAAAUUAAAUGUAACGGCACUACAUUUGCAUUCCGCGAAUUUGUAACAGGAAAAACCGGCAAUACGGUCACGUUACACAAUGACACGGACAUCACUAUAAGCGUCACGCCAACAGCAAACUAAACGUCAAAGUCAAAACGAAUUUGUAUCAUAACAAAAAGUAAUAAUGAAAUGUUUAUCAAUUAUUUGCUCUAAUUAUAAAUGUAAAUGAAAGCAAAUAAAGUGAAUUAACAUAACGUCUAAGUUUUAAGGUUAUUUAAACAAUGUAUAUGUCGAUGCGGACAUUUUUUAGGUUAUACCAAAAUCAAAGUGUAAUUAGAAUCCGUGUAAGCCAGUUUGUGAGAAAAAAAAGUGCGAAAGUUACCGAACAAAUUGAAAAAACAGUUUCAUGUUCAAGUUUAAGUACUCUCAUUGUUGAGUUACGCGAUAAAAUAAAAUUCAAUUCUUAUCUAGAAAGGGAGAAAUUAGAUUUAGGUUAUUACAAAUUUUACGUGAAAUCUUUGCGAAAAGCAGAGCAAAUUUCAGCUAAAAACUUUAAAGAGAAGUCAUUGCCGCCCCUACCUGUGGCAUUAAAGUAUAUAAAUAAUAAUAAUUUAUUGUUGGAUAAUAAUGAAGUGGAUGUUUCUCUACAAGAAAACACAUUUCAACUCCCUUUCUCAAAUCCUACUAAUAUAAAUAUUUCACCUGCUAAUAAAGGAGCGAGAGAAUUUAAUUGUUCAAAUUUAAAUAGAUGGAUGACUAGUUAUGAACAUUUUGAUGAUAGUAAACUAAGUGCACUUCAAGGAUCAGAGGAUGACGACAUAGAUGGAUUAGAGUGGUGUAAGAACUACGGAACUCCCGACCCAAAGGUGGGCAUUAGCCGAGUGCCAUGUGGCGGCUGUGGUGCUCUGCUGCACUGCAGCGACCCUGCCAUACCUGGAUAUUUGCCCAGUGAGAUCAUUAAAGGUCGUACAGAUGAGGAUUUAAAAAUUAUAGAAUGUCAACGAUGUCACUUUCUAAAAGAGUACAAUAUAGCUUUAGAUGUGACUGUACAGCCUGAGGAAUAUGAAAAACUUCUACAAAAUAUAAGACAGGUCAAGUCCCUAGUCCUGCUGAUGGUGGACCUGCUGGACUUUCCGUGCUCCAUUUGGCCGGGCAUUGUUGACAUCAUUGGCACUCAGAGACCUCUCAUUGUUGUAGCUAAUAAGGUUGAUCUGCUACCCGGUGACAGUGUGGGCUAUCUCAAGCGGGUCAAAGAAUGCCUCAUGAGGGAACUCAACAAAACAAUGUUGAACAAUGCCAACAUCAAACAUGUCAGUCUUAUUUCUGCAAAAACAGGCUAUGGAGUUGAGGAGUUGAUAUCGGCCAUGUUCAAGUUAUGGAUGUACAAGGGCGACGUAUUCCUCGUGGGCUGCACCAACGUAGGCAAAAGCUCGCUGUUUAAUGCCCUCCUGCAGUCAGAUUACUGCAAAGUUCACGCUGUCGAUAUUGUAAAGAGAGCUACUGUCAGCAGGUGGCCGGGGACAACAUUGAAUUUGUUGAAAUUUCCUAUAAAUAGACCCUCUGGAUGGAAAAUACAACAAAGAUAUCAGAGGUUAAAAGUCGAAGCUAAAGCUCUUAAACUUGAAAAUGAAAUAAGGAAGGGCCAAGUGAAAGGUAAAACAUUUAGUGAUGCACCAUCAUUGAUUGGGCACAUCGGGAGAACCUUUGCUAUGCCAUUAACAGAUGACAGUAUUGACCAAAAAAAUCCCAUUGACAUUCUGGAUGAAAAGCAUGAGCUAUUUGUUAACAGCAAAUGGUUCUAUGACACACCUGGCGUGAUACAUCCGGAUCAGGUGUUACCUCUGCUGAGCACUGAGGAAUUAUUGAUGACCAUACCAAAGAAUAUAGUGAAGCCGCAAACUUACUACCUGACCCCGGGCUCUACUUUGUUCAUAGGGGGCCUGGCGCGAAUGGACUUCAUGGAAUGCUCCGAGCCCUGUAGAUUCACAGUAUUCUGUUCGGAGCACCUGCCAAUAACAAUUGUGAAGACUGAGGAUGCAGAUGAAGUGUACCAGAAAUUGUUAGGUACAGAGUUAUUUGCAGUACCAACAGGUGGAGCGGAGAGAGUCAAAAAUUGGCCCGGUUUGAAAAUGAGCAAUGAUAUCCUGGAAUUUUCUGGACAAGGACCGAAACUUUGUUGUGGAGACGUGGUUUUGUCGUCAAUCGGUUGGAUUUCAGUGACCGCCAAGUACAAAUCAGUGUGUAAAGUAGCAGGCUGGACUCCCGGCGCCAGAGGGAUAUAUAAGCGGGAAUUCUCAGUUUUGCCUUAUUCCAUCAAUUUGAAAGGCAAACGAAUCCAGGACACACCCGCUUACAAAGUAGGAAAGAUAUACUCCGAUGAAAAAAGUUAAUGCAUUUAUUAUAGUAAAGUAAUAAACUUUACAAUUAUUUAUCAAUAAAAUAAUAUUAAUAAAGAUUUUCGUUUUACUUACUGUUGAAAGAUUGUACAACUUUAUCACAUAACAGUUUUUACUUGUACGGUAUCAUAUGUAGGUCAACUCAAUAACUUUCUUCAAUAGAUAGACAAUUGAUGUAAUGACUGACGUU